CAACUUCACAUCGAUUGAAGUGUCAUCAUCAUACCCAUGAGAUAACCUUUUACUUCUAAUAAUCACCUUCAACACCGAAUACAAAACAUCAAAGGAAAAAAUAGUUUUCUUAAGAGUCUGACCGAGCACAUAAUAGGUUAACAUGGUUGUAAUCAACGUACAGAAAGCUGAGGAAUACACAAAAUGUGUUUCAUCCGAUGCGGUCACCGUUGUUCUAUUUUCAGCCGACUGGGCCGAACAAUGUAAACAAAUUUUAGACGUCAUGGGUGAACUGUCGAAAUUACCCGAUUUGAACGAAAUUUCGUUUUUGAACGUUCCUGCCGAAGAAUUUAGUGAAAUCUCCUUAAAGCACCAGGUGGAUGCAGUUCCAACGGUCAUUUUUUUCCGCAAUAAUACCGCCAUUGAUCGUAUCGAUGGCAUUGACAUUGCAAAGUUGACGGAAACGUGUAAAAAACUAGCAAACGCAAGCAGCCAAAAUUCGAAAGGCAGUCUAGAGGAUCGACUGAAAUCGUUGAUAAACAAGUCAAAGGUGAUGAUUUUCAUGAAAGGCGACCGAGUCACUCCACGAUGCGGAUUUUCCAAGCAACUGAUUGCAAUUGUCAACGAUGUUGGUGUCCAAUACGAAACAUUCGACAUUCUAUCCGACGAAGAUGUUAGACAAGGUUUAAAAACUUAUUCAGACUGGCCCACGUACCCCCAAUUAUAUGUGAACGGAGAGUUGAUUGGAGGAUUGGACAUAAUUAAGGAAUUGUUAGCCGGAGGUGAGCUUCCUUCAACAUUGAACGGUUAAUGAUUUGGACUAAAUAAAUGGUGUGCGACUAGGAAAGUUUACUUUGAA